GAAUGAAACAGCUGUUGGCUACCAACUUUGGAAGAAAAAUCCAAAGCUAAGCCAAAAUAAACAGUGUCGUAAUUUGUAAUAGGGGACAAAAUCUUCCAUCAAUCAAGAUGGGAAGUUGUGAGGGAUUAGAGAUUCUCGGUGUUUUGAAAACAGCACAAGAAGGUAAACAAAUGGUUUUGCAGCUAAAACCAAGUAUUGAAACCACUUGGGAACACUGUGGAUUUUGCGACUUCAAACUGGAUUCUGAUAUAGAUAAACUACAAUCAUCGAGAGAAACUGAACACUCGCAUGCAAUACAGGGAGUAUUUUCUUUCAUUCCAAGCAAAAAUCAAUGGACUCUCACUUUUUCCAAUUGUGAUAAAGAGGAACAACAUCAACAUGUAGGAAAACCUUCACCAACAUGUGAAGUAAUCAAGAAUGACAUCACAAUAAACAGGCAAAAGAAUUUACAACUGCAGUAUGAAGUAGAUGGGAAGGUAUUUGAAUUAAGAAGCACAUUCUCAGCUAAAAAGCACAGAAAUGUGGAGCCAUCCAAUAACAAUUUUGCCACUUCAAACAAGUCAAUAACACAGCCAACCAAAGCAAUUGAAUUUGUCAUUGAAAACAAGAAAUACUCUACUUCGUCUGUUAAUACCAAGGCAUUUGAAGAAGCAGUUGUUGUUGAGGAAGAAAGAUCUACCCUUGAAGCCUCACUGGAACUUCUUCAGGUAAAACUAAUGGACAAGUGUAUUGUUCCAGACCAAAUUGGUUGUGGACCAGAUACUUCCACCUUUUUGCAAAAUAUGAGAGAAUUGGCAAAACUUCUAACUCCCUCUGGUCAGAACCCAUUUAAGUGUGAUCAAUGUGAAGAGGAAAUGACCUCCUACUUCCCAUAUGUCGAACAUGUUUUUAAGCACUUCGGAACUCGACCUUACAUCUGUAACGUGUGUCAAGCAUCUUUUCAGACAAGGGCUGUUAUGAGACAUCACCUUGAUAUGCACGGCGGGAAAGCGCCUUUUGAGUGCGAGUUUUGCGGGAAGAAAUUUCGGAAUUCUUGUCACAUGAAACAACACCGAAUGCGUCACACCGGAGAACGACCUCACAAUUGCCCCUACUGUGAAAAGACGUUCGCUCACAAAAACGUGCUAAAGAUACAUUUACAAGUGCAUACUGGGGAGAAGCCCUGUUGUUGUGAUCUAUGUGGAAAGCUGUUUCGUGAACCGCAUCGUUUAGCGUGCCAUUUAGCUACACAUUAUCGCUCCUCGAAGUCACUAGACUGUUCGGCUUGUGGCAAAAGUUUCAAAACUAGUGGAAUGUUAAAACUGCAUGAAGCCAAGCGUUGCAACAAUAAGCUUACUACAGAUUUGGAAAGAGAUACUGAGGACCAGGGCCUGGAAACUUUGCAGAAUGUUGCUUACAUAGAAAAUAUAGAUGAUGCGCAUUUUCUUGAUACAGAUCACGAGGUAACCAUCAUAGAAGCAGAAUCUUUAGAAGUCCUCCCUGUAAACACUUAUAUUGUGGAGCCAUCCGGUGUGGGGCCUAUGUUAGUACAAUUUUCUAUUGAUCAAGACGAUGUUCAAGAAAUUCCUUCCUUGGAAGAAUCAUUAAAUUCGUGUCACUUUGGAUUGGUUAUUGCGCCUUCGGAUCAGAGUGUUCGGACUUUGGAUGUUGAAUCAGUAGUCCGCCUAGACAGGCACAUGGGCAGGCGUAAUUUUCAGCAAGACUGGUAUUUACGUCUGAGCACCAUAGCUAUUAGCUACUGCCCUCCUACCACUACCUGUACUCAGUAUAAAAAGGGGUAUUUAAUCAUAAUGGAAGUUCUUAUAAAAGUUGAAGAAACUGAAAUAGUUGAUGUUCAAAACGGUCUAAUAAACAAAGAGGGAACUGAAGAAAAUAAAGAAGCUCAAGAAUGUUGCACUAGCAAACCGUUGGUGCAUACAGUUGAAAAAGAAACAAAAAAUACUGGGCACUCUAGCCGUGAUAAACAUCUUUGCACCGAGUGUGGAGCGAACUUUGUAUCUAUGCUAAAGUACAUGGACCACCUUAAUCGUCAUACUGGGAAUAAGCCAUAUGUUUGUGAAGAAUGUAACAAACAGUUCUUUACCUUGUCAUAUUUAAGAAAUCAUCAAAAACUACACUCUGCUGACUAUCAAUUCAUUUGUGAGUUCUGUGGCAAAGCUUUCAGAUUAAAAAAUAAUCUGCAAAUGCACGAACUGACUCACACAAAGGAGAAACCAUUUAAGUGUGAUCUUUGUGAUAAAGCAUAUACUCACCCAAUGAAUUUGAAGAUACACAAACAAGAACAUACAGGUGCGAAACCAUUCCAGUGUGAAACUUGCGGUAGAUGUUUCCGAACAACACACCGACUUAAAACCCAUAAAAUGUCUCACACAGGUGAAAAAGCUUUCAGUUGUCUAAACUGUGAAUCAAAAUUCACAAGCAAUUCUAAAGUAAAAAGACAUAUGAACCUCCAUUGCAAAUUUUCCAAAGGAACAAAGCCACCUGCUGGUGAUGAAAAUGAAUAACUAUAGACCAGGCUAAAUCAAUAUAAGAUUGAAUUAAGUGUCAAAUGGUGAUAAUGAAAAUAAACUAUGAAAUAUGGCAA